AUGGCUCUACCAGGAGACAUCAAGAAUGUCUUUCGCGGGCCCAGAUCUCUACACGACUUCUACGAUCCAGACAAGAACGUAGCAACGCCGCUUGUCGAAAUCCCAUCCUCUCUCAACCCAUUCUAUCAGGACGGCGUACGCAUCUUUGCCAAGCUGCACUCGGAUCUGCCCGCCAAGAAUGUCAAGAGCCUUCCCGCCCUCAAUAUGCUCCGUCAAGCCGGCCUUGACGCUGGAUUGAGUAGUGACAGCAAAGGAGAGCAGCCUUCAGUGUCAAACAUUGUAGAAUACUCUAGCGGAUCCACUGUCAUCUCGCUCGCCAUCAUCGCCAACAUUUUUGGCCUCGACGGUGUCACCGCCUACCUGUCCAACAAGACUUCAAAGGCCAAGCUUGAUCUCAUGCGUUUCUUUGGUCUGAAGCUCCGUGUCUUUGGGGGACCGUCGCAGCCAGAGCCAGCCGAUGUACGCGGAGGAAUCUGUGCCGCAGCGGAACACGGCAAGAAGAAUGGCUGGUACAACCCUAACCAGUACGAAAACGAAGCCAACUGGCAAGCGCAUGCCCAGUGGACCGCCACCCAGCUUGAUCGCCAACUUGGCCACGAGCUCGACAUCUUGGUAGCUGGGAUGGGCACUUCGGGAACCAUGACAGGAACGGGACUUGCCAUCAAGAAACUGCAGCCGCACGUGCAUCGAGUCGGAGUGACGACGCAGCCUGGCGACCGUGUUCCCGGUCCACGCUCCGAGGCUCUCCUGGCACCCGUCACCUUUCCUUGGAGGGAGAGCAUCGAUGCGAUGGAGUGGGUUGGCAGUCGAGACGCCUACACGCUCAGUCUGAAGCUGUGCCGCCAUGGUCUUCUCGUCGGUCCUUCUUCGGGCUUCAAUCUGCAAGGACUACACCAGCACUUGGGCCGAUACAAAGAAGAGGGGCGACUGGACUCGCUCCGCCACCCGACGCGCGGCGAUGGGCUGAUCAACGCCGUGUUCAUCUGCUGCGACGGUCCAUACCAGUACAUAGACGAGUACUGGAACAAGGUGGACGCCUCGGAAUUCGAGUCGAUAGAUGACGACAUCCUUCUCGACGUCGAUACCCACCGCUACGAUGACGCCUGGGAGCUGGAUGCCGCGGAUGCCAUCUCUCGUUUCGGGCUCGUCAGGUCAAACAGUGUAUUGGAGACUGGAUCGGACGUGUACGAAAGGGAGCACGCGGACAAGCUCUUCGAAGCGGCCAUCCAUGCUGAAGACUCGCUCGUGUCCGUGGCGCCUUCGCUUAGCAGCAGGUCAACCUCGCUGGGCUCGAUCUUUGACUCUGUCACAGAUGCGUCGUCCAUCUCAUCGGACUCUCACUCGUCGAAAUCAGACGCUGUCCCCGUCUUCAUCGACCUGCGUGAUCAAACCGAAUGCCAGCCCUUGGCCUUGGUGCAUCCGAUCUUCUCGGUGCCUCUCGAUUCGCUCUCUGCGCACAAGGACACGUGUCCCUUUUCGGAUGCACGGGUGCUGCGCGCCCAGUGGCUCGAGCUCAAGCCUCUCUUCUCGAAAGAGCACGAGGGCUUGCCAGCUGAUCUGCGUGCGCACCUUGUUGGUUCUGAUGUCGCAGAGCUCGACUUGGUCUUUCUCUGCCACACGGGCAGCACAUCGCGUAUUGUCACCUCGAUUGCCCGCGAUGCCGGCUACUCGGCCUGGUCUAUUGCCGGAGGCGUGAAGUCGCUCGUAGCUGCCUUGUAA